AUGUGUUUAUCAUCAGAAAAAUUUUCUGAACAAUAUUCUCGUAUUCAACAACAAUUUAAAGAAUGGACACAAUUUGAACAAUUAUCAGCUAUUGUUGAAUUAACACGUACAUUUCAAUCAUCAUAUCAUUAUUUUCUUUUACAAUUAUUUCAAACAAAUAUACAAUAUGAAAAUGAUGAUAUGUUUAAUCAUACAGUUGAUGAUGCAAAUUCACCCGAUAUUGUUAAAUGUUUAUUAUCAAAUUCAUUAGAUAAAAUAUUAUUUACACUUCAACUUUAUUUACCAUUAAUAACAAUAAAAACAAUAAAUGAUACAUUAAUUGAUGCUUAUCAUGAUGUUUUAAUUUAUCUUGAUUUAAAUAUUCUUAAUUUAAAAAAUUUUACUUAUUCAGAACAACAAAUAAUUAAUUUAUCACAACAAAUUUUAUUUUUUAUUCAAACAAAUAAAUAUUUACAAAAAUUAUCAUUAAAUAUACCACAAUUAAUUAAAUUAGUACAAACAAAUAAAUUUAAUAUUGAUGAACAACAACAACAACAACAAGAUCAUCAAUUAAUACAACGUUAUUCAUCAAUUCAUUCCCAACCACAACCAUUAAUAAAUUAUUCAUCAGAUAAUACAUCACAACAAAAUACAAUAUUAUGUCAACAAUUAAUACGUCAUGAAAUAAAUGAUAGUGGAGUUGAUUUAACUGAACCAACAAUAACAAAUUCAUUACAAAAUUUUUUACCAACACAUUCAUAUCAUGAUCGCUUACAACGAACAAAUUUAUUAUCAACUAUAAAUAAACAUUCAUUUGUUGUUAAAACAGCAUCAUCACCAAUACCAGAAAAUUCAACAACAACAACAAUAAAUAUUUCUAAUCGUGUACCAUUAACAGGUGUAUUAAGUGCACCAUCACCAACAAUUUAUUCUGAUUAUCGUCAUAAAAAUUUAAAUUAUCAACAACAACAACAAAAACAUAAAAUAUUAUUAACAAAAAAUAAUGAAAAUGAUUUAGAAAAAUCAAAUGAAGAUAUUAUUUGUGAAGAAAAUAAUAUAAAUGAUAAUUCAAAAACUUUAACACAUUUUUAUUCACUUCGUUAUCCAAAUACAAAAAUUAAUCAAAAUAAAGAUAAUGUAUCACAAUAUUUAGGUGUUGAUGCUAAUUCAACAUCUGUACAAAAUACAUUUAUUGAACCAAAUACGGGCAUGAGAGAUGUACCAAAAUGGUUAAAACAUCUUCGUUUACAUAAAUAUGAUGUUUUCUUUUCAAAAAUGACAUAUGAUCAAAUGAUGAAUUUAACUAUAGAAGAAUUAAAAGAACUUCGUAUAACAGAUGGUGCAUGUACAAAAAUUUUAUUAAAUAUUAAAAAAUUAAAAGAACGUUCAAUAAUAUUAAAACAAUCACUUAUUGAUAUUGAUGAUGGACAAAUAGAUUUACAAAAUUUUAUUCAACAAUUAAAUGAAUUAAUGUUAACACCAAUACGUUCAAAACAACUUGAACAAGAAAAUAAUAGUGAAGAAGAUUUACCAUUAUUAAUAAUGCAAAUUCUUGAAAAAAUUUAUCAACAAUUAUCACCAAAUUCAUCACCUGAUUUAAGUAAUAAUCUUCUUGGUUUAUUUGAUCGUUGUUAUAGACAUGAAGCAUUUACUAAUGAUCAACGUCAUAUUCUUUUACAAUGGCGUCGUCGUUUAUCAAAUACACUUCAAUCAUUAGGUAAAAUUGAAUAUAAAACAAUACAAUCAUCAUUUAUUCAUACACCACAACAACGUCGUACAAAUGGUAAACCACCAAUAAGACCAAUUAAAAGUGCAACAAAUACAUAUUAUACAAAUAAUUCAUUAAAUACAAUACCAUUAGUUAAAAAUAAAUCUGAACCAUAUAAUAAUAAUACUAAUAAUCAUUUUAAUGAAUCAAAUUUAAUACAACGUCCAAAUAAAUCACCAACAUUAAUUUAUUCAACAAAUGAUGAUAUAAAAGAUAAUUAUCUUCAAACAACAUUUACUGGUAUUAAUUCAACAUCAUUACAACGUCAUAAUGGUGGUACUUAUUUAGCUAAUCAACAACAUCAAGUAUUAACACGUAAACCAAGUAUUAAUCCAUAUGAUGAAAUAAAUACAAAUAAUCAUCAUAAUAAUAAUAAUAAAACAAAAUUAUGUCAAACAUUUAGUGAACCAAAUAAAAUACAUUUUCAUAAUUCAAGACAAUCAAAUCAUAUACAAUUAUCAUCACAACAACAAAAUUUAUUUCCUAUAACAUCAACACCUUAUUCACAACAACAACAACAUAGACAUUUUAUUUCACGAUCACCACCAAUAUCAAAUACUAUAGAUAUAGUAUCAUCAUCACCAAUUAAAAAAUGUUAUUCAGAUAAUGAAAGAUCUAAUUAUUAUGAAAAUAAUAAUAAUGAUACAUUAUUAUCCGAUACAAAUAAUAUGGAAACUACUGAUGAUCAACCCCAUCAUAAUAAAGAAUUUGAAUCUUUAUGUCUUCAAAUAACAGAAAGUGCUAUAAGUGAUGAUAUUCAUGAAUCAUCAUCAAUUGAUUACAAAGAAGAAAAUUCUGAUAUAUCAAAUUUAAAACAAUCUUCAAAUAAUUCAACCGAUACUGAACAAUAA